UUUAUAUCUCGCCCGGCACGCCAGCGGAUCGCGUAUUACUGUCGAAGUCUUCGCUGGUAGAGGAUCGUCGUCGCAGCAAUCGUGUGAAUCUGUCGUUUCAUUGCAUUUGUCAGUGCUUGCUUAGUGUACCUUGUUCUGUGUGAAUCUCCAACCGCUCAAUCUCAUCGCCAUGGAUUUCUACUACCUUCCCGGAUCUGCCCCGUGCCGUGCCGUACAGAUGACGGCCGCUGCCGUUGGCGUCGAGCUGAACCUGAAGCUAACCGACCUGAUGGCCGGUGAGCACAUGAAGCCGGAAUUUUUGAAGCUAAACCCACAACACUGCAUUCCGACACUGGUCGAUGAGGACGGGUUCGUGCUGUGGGAGUCGCGUGCGAUCCAGAUCUAUCUCGUCGAGAAGUACGGUGCCCACGAUGAAGCCCUCGCCGAACGACUCUACCCGCGUGAUCCGCGUCGUCGCGCUGUCGUCCACCAGCGACUGUUCUUCGACGUGGCCAUACUUUACCAACGCUUUGCCGAGUACUACUACCCGCAGAUCUUCGGCAAGAAGGUGGCUGGUGAUCCGGACCGGUUGCGCUCGAUGGAGCAGGCACUCGAAUUUCUCAACACCUUCCUCGAGGGUGAACGGUUUGUUGCGGGCGGGGACGAUCCAACGAUCGCGGACUUUAGCAUUUUGGCUUCGAUCGCAACGUUCGAGGCGGCCGGGUAUGAUUUGCGCCGGUAUGAAAACAUCUACCGGUGGUACGAGCGCACAAGUGAGAUAGUGCCGGCAGCUGAUAAAAAUUUCGAGGGUGCCAAAAUUUUUGGACGCUACUUCACAGAAAAAUGAUUGA